CAUUAUUACUAUCGCCGUCAUCGUUGCCGACCAGCCCAACUCAGCCUCUUACGUCUAAAGAACCUUCUGUCGUCUCGUCUCGUCUUUUUUCUCACCCCUUUUAUUAAAAAAAAGGGGACAGUAACAGCUUAUAGAUCUUUCUUUUAUCCAUCCCUUUUCUAGCUGUCGACUUGUUACUCUCUAUCUUCACCCCGCCUUAUUAUUCUAUUCGCAACCGAAACUUAAGAGAGUCAUCUCAAAUACCUCGUACUUCAUAUUUCUAUCCAACCGUUCUAGCUUCUAUUAAUUCUACUUCUACUUCUAUUAAUACACUCUUUUACUUCUACUACGAAUGGUCGCCUACGCUGUCGACCAGCUGAAUUGCCAGCUACGUUGACGAGCUCUCUAUCCUACGCUCUCGUCCAUAACCCCUCGCUCUCGGCCCACACCAUAUUCGCAAACAUGCGACCGCCUAGAAUCGCCAUCCUCGUCCUCUUCUUCGCUGCCUGUCUCUUCCUCCUAUGCCGAGCGAUGACAUCGUCCAGUCGCCCUGCGUCUGUAAUAUCUUCCCCACGAUCAGCACAGAGGCUCGGCUUCAGGUCCUUCUUUUCUUUUUCGACCCCAUUCACGCUCUUCCCGCCUAAUGCCGUCAUAACCAUAGCCGAUGACAAUAGCACCUCUUUCGCAGCAAGACCCGCUGCUUUUGGAUCUCCGCUGCCGAGCAAGGGUUUAAACGGACAGCUAUGGAUUGGUAGUGGCUUCACCGAAGAGUCCACGCAAGACGGUGAGGGCGAAGGCGAAUUGGGCUGCAGCGACGUUCCCGGCUGGGAUGAUGGUACCUCGAAUGCCGUUUUGAAACCAUCUAAGAAAGAAAGCCAGCAGAAAUUUAAAUCCGUUAUUGCUGUAGGCAAGAGCAAAAACCAGAAACGGACAGACUCUAGAGGUCCCCUAGUCGACCGAACCUCCCCCACCGACCUCGAGCCUAAAUCCAAGACGAAGCCAGUCAAUGACGGCACCGAUGACUACCUCCACCAGAACUUUGAUCCGCCGACGAAAUCCCAGAUCGACGUUUUAGGAUCUUCUAGCUCCAACCAUGCCGAUAUUCAGUCCAUACAGGAGGGAGCUGAGAUUGCUGGCAAGAUAGUUCUGCUGAGUCGCGGUGGUUGUGGUUUUCUUGAGAAAGUGAAGUGGGCUCAACGACGAGGUGCAAUUGCCCUCAUCGUUGGCGAUAACCAAAGAGGUGGUCCGCUAAUACAGAUGUACGCCCAUGGGGACACUUCUAAUGUUACCAUCCCUUCCAUCUUUACGUCCCGCACAACUGCGUAUCUACUCUCACUUAUGAUGCAGCCUGGAAGUUUCAUUGAAGAUAUCAUCGACGAGAGCGGUAAGCCUUCCUUGAAAGUUCAGCAGUCCGACAAAGCCCGGAAGAACAGGAAAGCGAGAAAUGCAGCCGUGCCGGCUCAACCUCUAAAAUUUCCCUCGAAAUCCAAUAACAAAUCACCUGUACCCAAUAAGCAUCCAUCAUCAAGCGCCGAGCCUUCAGAUUCAUCGUUAAGCUGGCUCCCCAAAAUCUUCAGUUGGGGCUCUACUUCUAGCUCGAGCUCGGCUACUAGUGGAAGCCGCCCGCCCAGCAGUGGUCAACUUGACUGGGUGCUUGUCGAGGACUUUUCUGAUGAGAAAGACAGGGCGAUCAAGAACAGUCUAGAGCGUGCUGCAAAGGCUAGGGUAAACGGAGCUUCGAGGCUUAAGACUAAAAAGAUUCCCGAGGACAAUUUCCAGAUAGGUGUGGAGGACUGGCGAGAUCCGGAUCUAUUGGGAUCUUCCGACCAAAACGAUGGUUUGCAGGAGCCGCUUGACGGCAACGAAAAGUUUUCUUGGCCAAAUGCAAGAUCCGAUCAAAUUUCGGAUGUUGGGACUCCGGAAAACAAAAGACGGAAUACCAAGGGUGGCAGAGUCACCCCCAAUAGCGGAGAAUAUGCUGCGGGUCAUAUGCCUACCAAGGGGUCCAACGCUAUCGGGUCGAAUAAAGGGAAUAUGCCAGCCUCAAGUAACGGGGGCCUCAUUUCUAAGAUAUUCGGGGAUGAUGAAGUAGACUUCACCAAGGUUGAGGCUCAGCCUAAGCCAAUCGACGUAACCAACGGUGGGAAACCAGUUUCCGGCUUGGGAGUUCCCUCCCCUUUUGAUGGACGGGAGGGUCUUUGGGUCGUCAUCACUCCCUCUAGCGGUGCCAGUCCUUUUUUCGAUACUCUCUUAGUCCUAGUGAUUAGUCCGCUUAUCACCCUCACUGUAGUGUACGCUUUACUCAUUUUACGAGCGCGUAUUCGGCGAAGAAGAUGGAGAGCCCCCAAGUCUGUAGUUGAGCGACUCCCGGUUCGCACUUAUCAUACCGUAGCAUCUACACCAAGCCGUACAUCCAGAGUACCUUCUCCAACUAGUUCGUCCCCAACAACGCCGUUGCUUCAAAGCCAGCACGGCCCGUCGAGGUCCAGGCCACGUUCGCGAACUAUAACCGGCGUGCCGUCAGCUGGUGACCUUCUACAGAUCGAGUCCUCGUUAUCCCUACAUAGGUCCUCAUCACGCGCAGAACACGAGAAACGCAGCACGCAUCCUUCGAGUGAGUGGAAGAAGUAUAUGGGUAGACAAGUCGAGUGUGUGGUGUGCCUAGAGGAGUAUGUGGAUGGUGUCAGCCAAGUCAUGAGUUUGCCUUGCGGCCACGAAUUCCAUGUAGACUGCAUAACGCCGUGGUUAAUAACGCGGCGACGAACGUGCCCUAUCUGCAAGGGCGACGUUGUCCGUUCUCUAGCCCGUGGGGUGUCAUCCAGCCCACGGUAUGAGCCCUACCAGGACGAUAGUGACGACGACCUCGAAGUACAGGCAACCAGUUCUUCGUCUCCUGAUGCUCCAUUGGAGCAAGCAGACGACCAGGAUGUAGAACAGGGCAUUCCAGUAUCCCCACACCACUCACAUCAGGAGGCUUGGUUCGGUGCAUUAAGGAAUACCUUGAGGGCUGGAUUCCAAUCUCGGUCUAGGCAGACAUCGGGGGAGCCUGAGAAUCAAGACAGGCAAUAGGAUUUUCAUUCACAUGAUAUUCUUCAUAACACCAUCGGCGUUGGGGUUAUAUAGUGGCAUGACUUCGUUAUAAACACAGGUUACGGUCUGGGAAAGCAUGAGGAAACAAGGUGAGGGGAUCAGGGACAGGACUGCCAAGCUGGUAGGCCUCCGAGACUGUUUAAUAUCUCUUUUGAGGCCUUUCCUCUUCUUUCUCGCUUCUUGGAAAGAGGACUAUCAUCUAGAAAGAGGUGUAAAAACAUGCCUUGUGUGCCGAUAUUCACGGAUCGGCCCUGAGAUUAUAAAUUAUUAAUGAGGAUUGUUAUACCCUGUGUAGUUAAUUUUAUGUAUUUUAUGACGAACACAAAUUUGAUGGCAUCUUUUUA